UUUGCAUAUUUACAAAACCAAGCGCAUCUUGUUGAGUGCAUAACAUGUCUAUCGUGUUUUUAUACAUCGAUCUCAUCGGUAAAAAAUACUAUUUUAUCCCCUGCAAUGCAACUUGAUGUAAUGACUACAGACAAGCGGCUGUACACCAUUCCAGAGAAGAUGGUAAAUGACUGCAUCCUUUUCAGAGACAUUGUAAAUAUGACCGAUCAAUGCUCACCAAUUAACAUUCUCAUGCAUUCCUCUGUUUUAGAGUUUAUAAUGGGAUUCUCUGAAAUAAACACGAUAAAUCUACCGGAGAAUUACGAUGCUACACAGAUAGUGUUCCCUCAGGCAGUUUUCGAUUUUAUCAACUGCCUUGAUUUCCCGACUUUGAAUGAUAUAUGCACAGCAGCUAACUAUCUUUACUAUCCUGCACUGCUUGAGCUGUGUUGCAAGGUUAUCUCUAAGAAGUUACGGGACAUAGAGGUUGUGAGUGGUGAAACGGCCAAUGAGUUAACGUGGAUAUCAUCGGAUGAAGAUUCUUAGAUUGUAUGCAUGCGUAGGAAACGCUAGUUUGAUGUGAAUAAAUGAUAGAUGUGAAAAAUGUAAUGAUAAAUUUAUGCUUGUGCGGUUUAAAUAAAUAAGAUACAGAUGCG